AUGCUGCGUCGUGGAGUUCGCCACUGCAUCCGCCAGGAACCCCAGGUGAUUGGGGCGGCUGUGCCGUCGUUUCGCCACUUUCCAUAUAGGGCGCAGGAUGUUCUGCACCUUUACCGCGACUUCUUGCGUCUCAUUCACCAAUAUCCCCCACAGGAGAGGGCCGACCUCCUUUUUCGCUUACACAAUGAGUUCCACCGUAGGCGGCACCUUGCAAGCCCGAAAAUGAUUACUGCCGCCAUCAAGCGGGGUGAAGGCAUUUUGAAUGUGCAGCGUAGUAUGCUGGAGUCCAGGACGCUGCGGGCUCGCGGUGUCUCGUCGCGAGAGCACGGCGCGCAAAACGUGGAUGGCUUGUGGGAUCAGCUGCAAAUUCUCUCAGGACACGUGCUUCCGGGGCUGCGGAACUUUAGACCCUCUCGAGACGUGCUGAAAGGGUCCUACACGCAGCAAGCCACUACGCAGGCCGUCUACUCACGGAGAAAGUUAUAG